ACUAUCCAAAGAAACCAAAAAAAUGUUUUUAGUGUAGCAGCCGUCAAGGCCUACAUACACGCUCGGUGCCAACCGACAACAAUCGCACAGUGUUGUCGAGUCGAGUCAAGUCGAGAGUCGAGAGUCGAGUCAAGUCGAGAGUCGAGACGAGUCGAGUCGAGCCGAGUCGAAGGACUUCCCUCCAAUAGCUUGCUUCGGUCGCUUCCUUCCUUCCUUCCUUCCCUCGUUCCACCCACCAGAACCACGACGACAAACAAAACAGCCGGUGCCUGUCAGCACAACACACUAUGCUUGUGCCCGCCCAUCGUGCCGCCAAAGCGGUGGCCAUCGCCUCCGGCGCGGGGCGGCGGCUCCUGGGACAGAGGCAGCGCGCCGCGGUGGUCCCUCCGGGACGCAAGGGGCUCGGCGGAGGAGCCGCAAGGGCUGCCGCGGGCACGCGCACCGGCAAAAGCGCAAGCAGGAACCACGGCAACAGCAGCAGCAACAGCAGCAAGAACCAUCACAACAGCAACAGCAACAAAAACAACGACAACGACGACGAAUCCCACCUGAACUGGAAGGAUCGAAAGGAAGCCCCAAAGUGGAUGAGACGGAUCGCACCGUCCAAGGGAGGAAAGUGGCCGCCGACGCCCCAGGAAGCAGUCAUUCUUCUUUCCGGACUGRCGGUUUUUCUUUGGUCCUGGACGGCCUAGAACAGAACCAACCGACCGACCGUGCAUGCAAUGCAAUGCAAUGCAAAUGACGAAAAAUAGAUUGUUCUUCGCUUU